CUUACUACCGCACGUAGCCUCGAUCACAUCACCGAGUGAUAUGGCAGGUAGAACGCUUCCUUAUUGUUUAGUUUGCGUUGCGUGUGUCGCACUGACGGGGCACAAACAUCCGGCCGGAACGUUCCGCGGGGCCCGCGUUUCCACGGGGACCACGAAAUGUGACGUUCGUAUUUCCGGAAACCCGCGGUGUUCUGUCACCAAAAAAAAAUGGUUCCCCCUGACAACUAUAAGGAAGUUGUGGUAGCCUGUCUGUUAUUGAACGCGGUGUUUUGUGGUUUCGGUGGUCGCGCGAGUUAUUAAAAUGGAUUCCGGGGUGUCUGAGAAUAAGACGGCUCACCCGUUGAGACGAUCGAAAAGGCAAUCCUCAGGUAACGCUAACUCUAAAGCAUUGACUUUAGAACCGACCCCCAGAGGUCCUCUCAAGAGGACCAGAAAAGAGUUAAAAAAACAAGCUCCGGUUCCAGAUGUGAAUGGAUCCGGAGAUGCAGAGAGUGACUCUGGUGAUGAAGGAAAGUCCCCGAGCAAGAGGAGCCGGGAAGAGACCGGCAGACCGGUGGAUGGCGGCGGGGAUGAGAAUGAGAUGGAUGUCGAGGAAUCCGAUGGUGAUCUGGAGAAUCAGGCCGACCAUGAAAUGGAUAUUAUUCAGGAUUCCUCUCACGUCACUCGGCAACCAACAACAAGCCAAGGCGACCAUCAGAAUGUGAAUUCGCUCCCUCGUGUUAUGCUCGGCGAAUGCCACACAUCCCGUAUUGCUGUUAAUGAAGAUGCAGACUGGAUGAAAAGCAACAGAGUAAAACCAUCAAUGAAGGAAAACGUAGCUCCGACUAAGUCUGCCACACAAGUCAGACCACCAGCAAACAGACAAAAUGUGUCGGUCACCAGCAUGGCCGACUACAGGAAGACGAUGGAGGCUAAGGCCAACAGCACUGGUAUGCCAACAGUUAAGCACCACGUCCCAAUUGUGUACCCAGCCUCAGAUAAAUGCUACACAACGCGAAAACGUGUGAAUAACAUUCCAACACAAGGAUCAACUGCUCCGCUUCAACGAAAAGGGAUAAAGAAAACUGCUGUUACCAAGAAAAGCUCUGGAUUUUCUUGUAGAGGCUUCAUGUGGGGUCUGUGUUACUUAGUUCUCCUGGUGCUGUUCUGUUCGGGCCUCUUGCUGGCAUACAAGAGCAUUCCUGCACCCCAAAACCCUGCGGAUGGGGGAACACGCGCUGUGAAUCCACAAAGGUUUGCCGAUCAUUUGUCUCUUCUUGAGACUCAGUUCCCCAGUCAGCGAGCCGAGCUGUGGAAGAGGGGCAAGAUCCACCUGGAGAGGCACCUUAAGAAAGCCCAUCCUACAGAGCCGGUCAGCCUGAUCCUCACUGCGGGCCGCGCGGCGGAGAGGACACUGCACUGCCUGGCUCAGCGGCUCGCCGCCUCCUUCUCAUCCGCCCUCAACGCCUCCGUCCUUCACAUCGACGGAGCCAGCAAAGCCGGCGAGGACAGCGACGAGGUGAAGCUGGACGUUGACACCGAGCUGCAGGCGGCCUUUGAAGGAAACAAACCGGCGGCCAUCAUUCAUCGCUUCGAAGAGCUGCCCCCGGGCUCCACGCUCAUUUUUUAUCGCUACUGCGACCACGAGAACUCCGCGUACAAGCAGGCGUUCUUGUUGUUUACUGUGCUUCUUCCUCAAGAGGAGGUCAUGGGGGACCAGAGUCUCAAGGACCUGGAGGAGAUGGUGCACGACUAUCUGAAGGUCAAGCUCGUGGACUCCAGCAACAAAGCCGGCUUCAAUGAGAUGGACAUUGACAAGUACGGGGGCCUGUGGAGCCGCAUCUCCCAUCUUAUCUUACCUGUGGUGUCUGAGGAGGAAGUGGAGCAGAAAGGAUGCUGAUGAACCAGGCAUCUAAUUCUAAUCUGUGUGUGCUGUUACACUUCACAUUUAAACGCGAGUUAAAAUCGUUGACUGCUGUAUAUUCAUCGCUCCCUCUGCCUGAGAUGAGGUUAUGUUUAAACUUAAACUAGUCCAUUGUUGACCAUUCGUUUUAAGUGCGCUCAAGAGUCCAUCCCUGAGUUUCUACGCAUGCGUGAUGGGGCCGCUGUCACAUCCUUAUGCAGUAUUCUGUACAGGCUAUUGCAUCAAUCCACUUUGAAAAUACAAUAUGAAAUACAUAUUUCUUACAUAGUUGGAUGUAAUGUUCAUGUUCUGUAUCGUUUUAAGAAGCGCUUUUGUUCAUGAAUCUGCAUGGAUUAGCCUUGGUACAUUAUUUGGGAACUAACAAAAACGGGUGGCUUUAUACUUUGGUUUUAAUGCCCCGUGGAGAUGUGCCACCCCCAUUGCUCAUUUAAUUAUCAUAUGUACAUAAUUGGAUUUGCACUAUUCUUUUUAGCUUUAUCUAUCUUUCCUGACGAGUGAUGGCUUUUAUUAAGAUGAAUAUUUUAUAUAUAUUUUUCUUUUUCUCAAUGUGGAUAUUUUUGAUAUGUAUAAUAACUGUAUAUGUAUUGAAUUUAAAAGACUCUUUGCAACUGUUGAAAUGGCAACUUUGAAACAUACAGGUUAACAUACAAUUGAUUUGAAUUUGUUAAAAAUAAAAUAUUGCUAAAUAUUCUACAAGUCACAAAAUGUGCCUUAAACACGUACAUAGAGAACAUUGGACUCGUGAAUCAUUCUAUACUGUAGACAUCCAUGGAACCCAAAGGAGGUUCCUUGCACUGAGUUUGUUUGGAUUUGUGCUAAUUACAUUUUUCAAAGGAAAGUUUUUUUUUUUUCUGUGAUGCCACACAUCUCUCUUGUGUGAUCAUUCAUUGACUGAUUUGCUUUUUCUCACAUCAACAUGUUUAUAUUUUAAAUAAAGAUCAUUUUGAUAACUCAAA